GACGUGCCAUGGCAAAAGCGCCGCAACCGAUCAUCGAUGCGCAAAUGGCUAUAGGAGAACUAAUAAAUGCUAAUGCAAACAUCGAUGGUGGGAGAUUUCAAUGAAUAGUGGAGAAAGUAACCUUAUCUAAGGUAAACCGGCGUGAGCUGCGGUCAUUCUUCGUAGCCUCCGUGGUCAAGUUCAGUCUGCAAGGAGGAUUCAACAGCUACAGUCUCGUGAAAAUUUACGCACGGCAUUCUUGAGAAGUGGAAGGAAGCGUCCGAAUCGGAUCUGUACAACGUUCGUCUGUUGGUUUUUUUUUCUUCUUACGUUUGAUGUGAGGGUGUUUUGUUAUUUUUAUUUUGUGUGCGAUCGCGGGUGCUUUUCGACGAUUUGCCAACGGAAAUGGGCCUGGGAAAUUUAACAUCGCCUACCAACUUCUCCCUGUUCAUCGCCACGGAAUUCAGGGAGGUCGCACAAGGAACCGAUCCAGAAUAUGAACAAUUUUUGGCGGACGUGUGGGUUGGCAUCGUUCUAACCCUCAUGGUCCUUAGCUGUGUCUGCUGCAUGUGCUCUUGUCUACUUUACCAUAAAUUUCAACAAUGGAAACGAAGCGUUAUCGAGGCUCGGCAAGCAGCCGAAAUGGAAGGAGGCUUUCAUCCAGAUUUGGACACGUUACCUAGUUAUACGAUAGCUUCGGGCCUUCCUAGCUACGAGGAGGCCCUGGAACAGCUGAAGAAAGUUAAGGAGAUGACGAAACCGAGGAAGAGCAACAACGAAAAUAACGGGGCCACCUCGGCGCCGCGUCUCAGUGUUCACAGGUUAUCUGUCACCGAACUGUUCCAAUUAUACAGAUCUAGAUCGAAUAGCAUCACCUCUGUGAACAAUGGUUGUACGAGCAACAAAUCGCAACUGUAACAAGAAUCGCAUCUGAAAGCUAAUAUUUAGCUUUCCGGAUUUCCGUCCAGAACCGGUACCAUCGAUUAUUCCAUUCAUUCAUUUAUGCUGCGAAACGUGUCUGAUUAGACGAGACGUGCGUUCGCUCUUCAUUUGCGUACUUUUUAGUGUACUCGUGCAAAUUAAGAAGAACGCUAAUGAUGACUUUUUUUCCUCUCGUUUUAUGAUUAUUGUUAUUAUUAUGUAUUGUGAAAACUAAUUCAUACUGGCUGUGUUUAGUAUAAGUAUCUUAAUUGAAUUAAACGCUGGAUCGUGACGCGUUUCAGUCACUUCGAAACGUCCGUUUGUGUAUAUUAAGUAUUUUAUAUAUGUGAUAAAUGUAACGUGUUUAUUUUUCUUCUCGUUAGAUGCUGGUCAUCAUAAGAAAUUAGGUUAACUUU